UCGCUUCACUCGUAUAUGCUUACAGUCGUGUAUCAAAUUCACUUUGUUAAGAAUCAAUAUCACAGGUAAAGUUUCAAAAAAAAAACAAAGAUUCUCUACAGCGAUAUUAUAGCGUAUCGUCAUGGAUCCAUCGCUGUGAUGAUGUUUUUCCAUUUCUAUUUUUGCCUUGUGGAACCUGCAAGUUAUCUAGAAACCAAAGUCCCUUAUCAUCGAUAUGCCUGUUGUAUCUAUGGCUUAUUAGGAUAUUUCCGAAUAAGUUGAAAAAUACAUUUUCCGCUACGAAAAUCAAGUAAUAAUUCCCUCUAAGAAAUAUGGAUUUUUGUUCACAAACGUUGGAAUGAAUCACUAAUGAUCGGUAAAAGCUGUGACUUAUUGACAAGUCGGGUUGGUGAUGCCAGACGGGGGACUUAAUGUUAUCUGCUGGACAGAGCUUUUUGAUUACGACUGUUAAAAAGAGAAAAUCCAGGAUUAUUACUAAUUAGUGCUGUCAUGAACAUAUAAACAGCGUCAUUUUGCAUUUGUGAUCUUAUAACAAGACGAUGCUACAAGCGCAUGGAAUAACAAUGUCGGGGGAAAGUAGAACCGAUUGGAGAAGAAUAAUUCCCUGAUUUAUUUUUGGAAAUGGGAUUAGCCGAGGCAUUCUCCCUCUAUGGAAACUUUCAAGCUGGCUUUGGUUUAGUGACAGUUAUUUGGACUAUCGGAUUAACAAAAGGCAUCGCUUCUUCAGGUGAAUCUUUGGUAUACGUUCCAGUAAUUCAGGGACUGAUGAACACGACAUUUCUCUCGCCUCUUCCAAGUCAGAACGACACAUUCUGUUUAAUUACAACACCAGCGAUGUCUCAUAAUGGGUCCUCUGGUGUUGCGAAUAUGUCAUUGUUAUCAAGUGAACUUGUCCAGCGUGACUUAUUAACAACUUUAAAUGGGUCAUCAGGAGGUGUUAUGUGGAAAAACAAUUUCGAACACUUGUAUCUCGUGCAGAAGAUGGGGGACAUAACACCUUUGUAUGAAUUUGUAGACGGUGUGUAUAGUUACCUUGUCCCCAUCAAAGUCUUCAACGAAACCAGAAUAUGCUUAUACUCGGGAUUUAGUUCUGUGACAUAUGAAAUUUACGUUAUAAAUUCUACACUUGAUCCUGAGAGUUUUAUAUUCAAGGACCAACAGGAGCUACACUCAUUCAGUUCACACUGUUUCUUUUACAACAGUACAGAUUCAGAUAUUAUUUUAGUGAAUAGCUCAAAAGCUUUUGGUGUUCUGAUAAUGGAAUCGGAAACGCUUCAAAGUUGUUGCCCCUAUAGAGCCUUAGAAGCAAUCCCAAAUAUAAUGAGUGCAGGAACAGAGUUUGUGUUGGUCACUGAAGAGGACUCGGAAAUACUUAUGAUGGGGAUAGAAAAUUCGGAUAUCAAUGUCAAAACAACGGAAGAAGAAUUUAAUUUCACCGUUACAUCUAACACGGUAAAGAAAUUAAAUGUGAGUGGAAACCUCACUUUGCAAUUAACAUCGUCAAAACCUAUACAAGUCAUGUGCCUAACAAACGUGCAGAACGGUGAGAAUUCAUCUUUUCUGAAUCUCUUCACUUUGUUCCCAGUGGUACCUAUUUUUUGCAAUUGGUUGGAAAUUUCUUCCAGCUGUUUUGACGAACCUUGUUUGAUUGUUCUGACAAAGAAAACUAGCGUUUUCCCCUCCAUAUCGAUUAAUGGUUGGCUUGUAAUGGCUAAAAACUACUCAUUUGGUAAUUACAAUGUCCAGGAGAUAACCAAUCUUCGGAAAGGGCAGUAUUUUUUACAAAUCACAGACAGUGCGGGAUUUGCCGUUUUUGUUUUAAACAGAGACCUAGGGAGAUUGUACCAAGUACAACCCCUGAACAAGAACCAGUGCUCUGUCAUUCAUAGUUCCUUACCAUCGUUACAUUCAUCUACAGCCAUUCAUUCAGAGAUCGAAAGCGAAAAUACGACAAACAGUAAUGUAACUACUGCUUUUCGUGUUAGUAAAACAUUAACACAUUUUUCUUCCAACCAUUCAGUAACUUCCAGUAACUCUUCUGAUGAGAACUCGACAUCAUUAUUCGUAACCUUGAUACUGAACACAACUACCGAAAAAAGUGCCUUUGUAAAUGUUACUUUAUCUUCAGUUAAUGCAACGAACACAACAAUUCUGACUACUGAUUCCUCCAAAUAUGGGAGACAGGAUAAAGAAAUGGAGAUUGGUGGGUUAGCUUUUCAGUCUCAAACAAAUCAAAACACGUCUAAUGAAGGAGCCCCAAGCUAUAAUAUAUUUCUUCAAGAUGCAGAAGAGGACGAUAAUAGUCAGGAAUAUAUGAUAGCAGUGAUUCUCUCCCUUUGUGUUGCCAUAUUUGCUGUUAUUGCAGUGAUAUCUUCUUUCUUGCUAAUGGAAUUUAUUUCGAGACAGAAACAAAUAAGAAACACGAAAAUUCGACCAUUCGUGUCAUAACUGAAAUAACUUGAAGAUACGUUGUGCUUGCUAUGACGUAAAUAUGUUAACUCUUCAACUGUGAUAUACGUAAAGAGUGUAGCUGGAAUUUCGAUUUUUAACCAGUUAUCUGCCAAAGAUUUCCUGCAUAGUUGAAAGAAAUCAAUUUCUCUUUAGAACACCCUCUUUACUUACCCAUCAGAAAACAUACUGUUCUUGUCCUUUAUAAUUAGUGCUUCUGUUCUAUUUGUUCAGCUGAAAGCUUUCCAUCGAUAUUACUAAUUAUAAUCCUUUUAUGUACUUUGUACAUAUUAUAUGUAGAAAAAAAAAGUCCGUCGUUUCAAACGAGCAUCUCGUACAAUUAAGAUUUCUUAACAUUAACAACAUAUUUGUAUUUUUAAACAAACCAUGAGAUGAAUGAAAUAUGCAACAAUAAGAGUUGCAAUGAAUUAACUAUAUUUAUUUUAUAUAAAAUUAAGUAAGUUAAAAUAUCUGAAGAAUUAUAUAAAUGUCCAACGGACAAAAUGAAUGAUGUAUUGCUGCAAAAACAACCACGGACUUAAA